CACCAGCUGCCCUCUCCUUUUGUUUACUCCUUCUGCACAAGAAAGGUUACCAUGCCACUAAACUUCACAUCAGCCGAAGAUGCAUUCAAAGCAGCUGAAGGUGUUCUGUGAACAUUUAAGAAUGCACCUGGUUAAUGAUUUAUACAAGAGAUAUGGAGCAGGAAGUAUGACAUCACUCUACCAGCACAUUUAAUGCUCCACCUCUGGAGUUGUCAGUGUGUGAAAGAGGGAACAAAAGAUGUUCAGACAAUCGGAGCAAACCAGGAGGCGUGGGAAUGCCCAGACAUUUGCUCGCAUAAGAGGGGUGGAGGUCGCUAGGGGAAGGACAGGCUACGGCUUCACGCUUUCUGGUCAUUCUCCAUGUGUGCUGAGUUGCAUCUUGAAGGGAAGUCCAGCUGAGUAUGUGGGCCUUUGUUCUGGAGACCAGAUCCUAAGUGUGAACGACAUCAAUGUGUCUAAAGCGUCUCACGAAGAUGUUGUCAAACUGAUCGGCCGUUGCACAGGUGUCCUUCACUUGGUCAUUGCCGAAAGCAAUCAUAAUAGCACGCACCUAGAUUCAUGUUCAAGUGAUGAAGAAUUGGGGUUCCAUGACCCCAAGAGCCACUGGAUGAGGCCGAAGAUGGACUCGAAGACGCUAGGGAUAAACCGUGCUGAACGUGUUGUGGCAGAAUUGCAGUCUGGUGGAAUCUUUAACAUGAUCUUCGAAAAUUCCAGCCACUCAUCCAGCAGCUCGGAAAAAGCUUGUGCAUCUGCCCCUAAAACAAGGGCUCGCUCAGAGCCUGACCUCCCUUACGGUAAUGUUAGCGUUCGAAGGAGUGACCCCAACUUGCUCACUGAAGAAGAGAUGGCCAAAGUGCUCAAUGAUGACUCUGUGUUUGUGGACGUGUUUGAACAGCAAGAUGAAUUUGCUCAGACAGCCGACUCUGCGGGGAUCCUCAAUGUUGGCAUGAUUGUGGGUUAUCUAGGAUCUAUUGAAUUAGCUUCAACGAGUGCCAAUUUGGAAAGCGACAGUCUGCAGGCAAUUCGGGGCUGUAUGCGACGUCUCCGUGCCGAACAAAAGGUGCACUCGCUGGUCCUGCUCAAAGUCAUGCAUGACUGUGUACAGCUCUGCAAUGACAGAGGUGCCGUUCUAGCAACUUACCCUGCCGAAAAGUUAGCAUUCAGUGCUGUGUGUCCAGAUGACCGCCGCUUCUUUGGCCUGGUCACCAUGCAGGCCACAAAUGACCACGGCAAGUAUAGGCGUGCAGAGGAGGAGCAAAGCUUGCGAACGUCUUGUCACGUCUUCAUUGUAGACCCAGAACUCUGUCAUCACAAGAUCCAUCAGAGUGUUUCCCGGCGCUUUGGGUUCGACUGCACUCCAGACCCGGAUACUGGUGGAUGCUUGGAGUUCCCACCAACUUCUCAGCCGCUGUUACAGUUCGUGUCUGUGUUAUACCGUGAUAUGGGAGAAUCAAUAGAGGGUAUGCGGGCUCGAGCUUUCCUUGAUGGUGACCUAGAUGCCCAGCAGAACAAUAGCACGAGUAGCAACAGUGAUAGUGGCAUAGGCAACUUCUUGCCGGAGGAAAAGAAUAACAGAGUCCUCUUGGUUGACCUGGGUGCUAACCCCGGUCGCCACAUUCCCACCGGAUUAUGGGAGAACCAACCCGGACCUCGUAACCAAAGUGUACUGGGAGGCCUUUCACCACCACCCCCGAUCUCACAUCAUAACGGCUACCGCCCUGACCAGUUCCUAGACCACCCUCAGCCACAUCCGCAUACCCACGGAGACCCACCUCCACUUUCUGGCAGGCAUCUAAAUUCCUCCUCACUGCUGGAUGCGUCAGGACUUCCUUCACGCUCUCACUACUCCGCCCAUGGCAAGAAGGUGGCAGGGGCAUCGGGCCAGCGUUGGCUGCCUGUUCACGUCCUGAGAGACUGGCGUCAAGGACACAGCAGUGAUCAGGAGUCAUAUGCGGAGUCCACAGACGGAUGGUCCAGCGCUAACUGUAGCACCCUACCACCACCCAUGAGUAAGAUUCCAGCCGAUCGGUACCUUGCUGCGGGCGAGAUCGCCUCACAGCCUCACCGACUUCGUGCACAGAAGGACGAGUGGGCAAAGAAGCUGUUUGGGGAAAGGACCCUACGGGAUCACCAGCAACAACAGAACAAUGGCAGAAGGACUAAAGAUUCAGACAAAAAGGGUGGAAGAUUCAAGGGCAUCACUAUGGGUUUUCCUCAGCGUUCCUCCGGCAGACGAUCGUUCGGUCGGUCCAAGCGUAUCAGUAUGGCUCGCUCGCUCGAUGACCUUGAGUCUGCGACUGUCUCCGAUGGUGAGCUGAACAGUGUGGACUUGAAGGGCUGCGGCAGUGAUAACAGUCUGAAUAGCAAUGCCAGCCUACCCAGCGUGCAGUGCCAUAGACGCCACACCGAACGGCGUGUUGCAUCAUGGGCCGUCUGCUUCGAGCGCCUGCUGCAGGAUCCUGUCGGUGUGCGAUAUUUCUCGGAGUUUCUGAAGAAGGAGUUCAGCGAGGAGAACAUUUUGUUUUGGCAAGCGUGCGAAUAUUUCAGCCAUGUGCCCGAAACAGACAAGAAACAGCUGUCCCAGAUGGCCAGAGAGAUCUACAACAGCUUCCUCUCGAGUAAGGCCACCACUCCUGUCAACAUCGACAGUCAGGCACAAUUGGCAGAUGACAUCCUCAACGCUCCAAGGCCAGACAUGUUUAAAGAACAGCAACUACAGAUCUUCAACCUGAUGAAAUUUGAUAGCUACACUCGCUUCCUAAAAUCCUACCUGUAUCAGGAAUGUAUGCUGGCAGAGGUGGAGGGACGGCCUCUUCCAGAUCCCUAUCAGGUCCCCAGCAGCCCGACAUCCAAACACAGCACAAGCUCCGACCGAUCCAACCUCUCGACACCAAAAAAGGUGCAGGACGACAAGAAGAGUAAAUCAAGCAGAUUGCUGCAUGAAGACAGCAGAGACGAACAGGGCGAUAAAAAGAAAAGCAUUUUCUUCUCCUGGUCCAGAAAUAGAAGUUUCGGAAAAGGAACUAAGAAGAAGGAUCUUGCAGACUACAGCUUUACAGGUAGUAACGGCCGAAGGGAAUCACAGGGCUCUUUGUCGUCCGGUGCGAGUUUGGAGCUAGCCACCUCUGGUUCUGGAAAACAUGAGGGUGAGGUGUCGCGAAAUUCCAUGUUGUUGCCCGAGCGUUCAGCGCGUCACUGUAACAUUAACCUUCCGGACGGCUCGUGCUGCUCAGUACCCAUCAGGCCCGGCGUCUCCAUUAGAGAGGUGCUGUUAGGAUUGUGCGAGAAGCUCGGCAUUAAUCUGGCUGCUGUGGAUCUCUUCUUAGUAGGUGGAGAAAAGCCUUUAGUGUUGGACCAAGACUGCAUGACCCUGUGCUCCAGAGAUCUGCGGCUGGAGAAACGCACGCUAUUCCGAUUGGAUCUAGUGCCCAUAAAUCGUUCUGUGGGGCUGAAGGCGAAACCCACUAAGCCGGUUACAGAAGUGCUGAGGCCAGUGGUGGCCAAAUAUGGCCUGAACUUAGGAGAGCUGGUGGCCAGGAUAAGCGGAGAGAAAGAACCCCUUGAUCUUGGGCUUCCUAUAUCUAAUCUGGAUGGAAUGAGGGUGGUUCUGGAAGCAGCUGACCACAUUCCUGGAAAAGAUAAACAAAAGCUGGUCUCAUCUAAAAGUCACGGCCCACCUUUGUCUGCACGAAGCCAGUCUGCCACAGGGGAGGACAAACCAGCAGGAAAGGCUUCGACUGUGAAAACCAGGGCCCAGGUGGAAAAACGAAAACAGAAAAAGCUUAAUAUAGAUGAAGCUGAAGAAUUCUUCGAGCUCAUAUCCAAAGCACAGAGCAACAGAGCUGACGACCAGCGGGGCUUGCUGAACAAAUCCGACCUCGUCCUUCCAGACUUCCUGCGCCUUGACCCGGAAGCAUACGGAAACAACGACAAUUUCAGCUCCACCCCCGUAUCCUACUCGAACCGGCCCCGAUCCAGGGAGAAUGGCUCCGCCCUCAAUGCCAGCCACCAAUCGCAAAGCUUGGAUUCAGCAGUGGAGACAAAAGCGCCUAGACGAGCCCUAAUGCCUCCCAAUAAAAAUUUGCCACUCGAAAAUCAAUCACCAUUCAGUUCGUCACUAUCUCCGAUCCCGCACGCGCUAAAAGAGGGCUCGUCCGGGAUGACAGACUGGAGGAGCGAAGGAGGGGUCCAGGCCCUGGAGGAAGAAGAGAGCGGCACGGACCUGACAUUUGUUGCCGAAGGCGACAUCACAAGCCCUAACAGCUCGCUCCUUCCUCAGUCUCCUAUGCCCCUCCCUACUUCCCCAGACCGACGGCAGGGAACUUACCAGGACAGCCGGGCUCGAUCAGGUAUCUCUCCUGUGUGAACAAACUACACUAGCAUGUGUGAUCCUCAUCUCUCUCUGGUCCCUCCUGAAGAUGUGUGUGAUUUCUGAGUGCUGUGGAUUGCUGUGCUCCUCCUCGUAAGCCAAACCCUGGCAAUAUGACCAUCUUCCUAUGUACAUUUAAUACCCUUUAAGCACUUUAACGAACUAUUGAAAAGAGACUUUUACAUAUAAUGCAUUCUACAUUUUCUUACCUGAAAGUAUUUUCGAAAUACUAGCCAGACAUGAUCUUGACAAUCAUUACCUUCCACUUCUGUUUAUCCUUUGAGAGAAAAGAUAGAAUUGUUAUAGCCAGUUUGAGGUCACUAGCGAAAUGAACCAACCUUACUGCAUAUCUCUGGCGGAUCACAUGACGGCGCUAACAGGAGCCACAACUGACUGAACUAAAUAUGUGAUAACUCUGCUUUGACACUAAAUAUAAACUACAUACUGUACCAGACAGAGUGUUUGAUGUGGCAAACACCCUCAUUCAGACAUAUUUAAUGAUGAUUCAUGAUGUGAAUACACAAGAAUAAACACAAGCACAGGUUUCAGGUUUAGUACGA